AUGGCUUCUGAUACUUCUUCUACUGCUGUCAUAUCUCCCAAUCCCACGGCGCCAUCUAGCACAACCUCGUCGACGUCUUCGCUUCCUCCGCCAACAUCGACAUCGACAUCGACAUCGACAUCGACAACGUCAACAAGCACAAGCACAAGCACAAGUUCAACAUCCACCACUUCUUCGACCACAUCCACCACGACCUCUUCAACCAGCACAAGCUCUACGUCGACAACCUCAACGGCCCCGGAAACUACAUCGACGUCGACAACCUCUACAUCUUCUAUUCCUCCAACAACCGUCGUCGUGACAUCCACCUCUACCUCGGCACCAGAUACCUCUUCGACUUCAUCUACAGGGACGAUUACUUCAACCACCUCUUCCAUCCCUGCUGCCACGACCUCUGCUGCCUCCUCAGGUUCCCAUGGACUAUCGGCGCAAGGUACCAUUGCCGUGGCAGUGGUGGUCCCUGUCGUCUCUGUGGGCUUGAUUAUUUGCGUAUUAAUAUGGUGGUGGAGAAGGCACAAGGCAAACAAACUGGCAGAAGAGGAGCGCCGCAAAGAAGUGGAAGAAUAUGGCUUCAACCCGAACAAUGAUCCUACCUUGCCUGGCGUAGGGGGAGCCGCAGCGGCGAAGUCCAACACAUACAGUGACCGAUACGAUAAUGGGGAUGGUAGUUCAGGGUAUCGGGGCUGGGGGACAACUUCACACCCUCGUAACCCGUCUACCAAUCUGUCUAGUGGUGCUGGCGUUAGCAUCCCGAUGUCCGAUACUGGAAGUGCCGCGGGAUAUGGCCGCCAUACCGCGUCGCCGAACGACGCGAUGCAAUACUCUGACGGUACGGCGAGACCAGACUCGGGCGAGCUUGCUGCAGCGGGGGCGGCGGGUGCCAAUAAUGCUGACAUUCGCCGUGGAACGUCCAAUGCGUCCUCGGCUUACUCUGCCGGAGUUCACUCUGAGGGGUCGGAAGAUGCUCAUAUGGCGGCCGCGGGACAGAAUCAUUACUACGAUGAGAGCAACCCUUAUUACCAUGACGUGCACACCUCGCAGCCGCCAUAUGGCGAUAUGUCGUAUGGCACAGCAGCUCCAGUCAUCCGUGAUGUGCAAGCACGGCGCAACACGCGGAUCGAGAAUGCGGCGGUCUACCCACAACAAGGCAACGCUGGAAUCGCACAGAAUUUCUAA